UUUUGCUGCAGCGCAGCCAGUGUUCUCUCCCAUCCCGAGCCCCGCACCCUCUCCUUCCUUCUCUCCUCCUUUCUCCUCACCAGCCACCAAUCUGCCUUCUUGCUGCUUCAUCUCCUCCACCGCCUUGUCUCCGGCCGCCGGCCUCCCGGCCGCCCUACCUCACAACGACGUUUUCCGAGGAGCAACGCGAGCUAGGCCAGCAUACGGAAGGAGCGGAUCGAGGUCUCGCAUGCUGGCUCCGUCAUCUGCUUCGCCACGUUCUGGAUUCGCGCCGCCCCGUGCGAUGGUUCUAGAUCAGCGCAAGUCAUCGCCGCGGGAUAUCAGGGGCGGUGGGUUCUUCACGUCGAGGGCUGGCGAGCUGGGGAGGGUCAGAAGGCUAACAAGGCAUGCUAAAGAGUAGCGAGGUCAGCUGUGGGGGAGAGGUUACCUCAGAGCUUCAGGCUGCGCACGCGUCGCGAUUUGGCGGUGGGAGAGCGGUUGCCCGGAGGCCGAAGCUCGGCUGCGCACACCUCGUGGGAUUUGGUCUCACCAGGCACUCUAUGCCGGCCUCGUCGGCGUCCCGAGGUGACACAACGACGGCCGCGCUCGACACCCUCUUUCGUGACUGGCUCAACAGUGGUCCAGUGGACGGCGGCCUCAGCAGGUGGUUACGACGAGUGCAGCUGGUGUACGAGCUCUCAGUCGGCUCCUCGUCUCGGGUGCAGACUGAGAGUUGGAUGCUCUGUGCGUAUGGAAGUGCUGCACCCACUGUUGUUCCGGCUGUGAGAUCUUAUAACUUGGUGGUCCUUUUGCAACCCGGGGUCAUCCUGUUCCUAAUCACAGGUUACAGUAGUGUCAUGUAAAAUAUAUCCAAGCUCUCGUUUCUUGAAAUUAUCCAUCUGUUCUCUGAUGCACGCAGGUCACUGGAGGAAAGAGAGUCUGGCUUGCGAGUUUCGCUGAUGCGGCCAUGACGGUGAUGCCAAAUUCCGAGGAGAUACCAAAGGUGUACUGGGAGGCGGUGCUUCCUCGAAUCCCGAUGCCUCCACCUAUCAUCAACCUGCUGUUAGCCCAACAAAACGGUAUCUCUCCCCUCCCUCUCUUCCCACCUUGGUGACCUCAUUUAAGUGGUUUUGAUAAUUUGUUGUACAACUUUCCCUCUUUGAUACCUACAAAUUCUUUAUAGGACUCUUAGUUUGCAAUCCAUUAUGAAACAUAAAUGAAGAUAAUAUAAGUGAAUCUUUUGUUCUAAUGAAUGAUAAAUGUUAACUUAAAGUAUAGAGACUAUCGCAUACAAUAUGAUAUCUGUACCAUAAAGGAUAAGUUAAGCUUUUCUCCACCAUGUGAACUAAGAACUUAUAAGCUAAUUUGAUAAGAAGCAUAGUACUUGUAUCAUUCGGAAAAUGACACUUUUGUAUUCCAUUUUCAGGGAUAGUCAUGUUGUGCUUUGCUUUUAUAUGAUCUAAAACUGCAUGGUUCUUGUGCAGUUCAGAUGUUCUGGGAUUAGUAUGAAUUUUACUAUAUCUGAACUUCUGAAAUCAGUACGAGUCUGACAGCCUUGCAACCAAACCAAAACUAAAACUGCAGGGAUCUUGUGACAGCCUUGCAACCAAACCAAAACUAAAACUGCAGGGAUCUUGUGACAGCCUUGCAACCAAAACUAGAACUACAAGGAUCUUGUGGAGUUCAAAGCUAGCUGUCGUUUGCUGGAAUAUCAGUUAUCUUGUUUGUGCAUGAUUAACCUGCUUUUCAUGAAAAAGUAGAAUAUUUUAGGACAGACCAUCAAGUUGGUUGGCAUUUGUUUAGAUCUUUAUGAGAAGCAGCUCCUCUCAGUAGGACUUUUCGUUUUUAUUCAUCUUGCUAAUAUGAGAAUAUACUUCUUAGUUAGAUAUCAGUUACACAAUUAGAACACCAUGAAUUCACUGUUUUCUAAGUACCUUGCUGCUGUGAAUCAGUGUAAUAAACUUGGCGUACAAAACACAUGUAGAUUUUGUUUUAUUCAUCAAAUAACACAUCCAGAAUCCUUGUUAACACGGACCAUCUGAUGUGAAUCAAUGUAAUAAUCUUCUUUAUGAUUCUAUCUACCCAUAUGAACGACUCAAUUGAAUUAAUUUUCAUAAUCCAGAUGUUCUCUUUUAUUGGUUGUGGUUCUGAAUAAUUAUUGCUGCUCUCUAGAGCAGAAGCAAUGAAGCUUGAAGUUUAGAAGUUUGGGGGGUGGCAACAAUACUGCUCUUUACACUGUCUGUCGCUGUUAUUUCAUGUUUCUGAAUGUAAGUCCCGAGAACUAAGUGUCGCAUGUCGUUGAACUUUAAUGUUAUGUCAUGUCUUGUGUACUAAACUACUGUUGGAUGCUACGUUUGAGUCAAGAUAUGCUUAUGUGCGAUCGGUGUUAAAUCUGGAACAUAUUGUUAUAUUUGUCACUUGUGUGCUACCACUUCUUAUUAACUGUUAAGAAAAGAUGGGGAAUAGAUGAUGUUUUGGCAAAAAGAAAUGGCACACUAUAUUUUUACAUGACGAAACUGCAGACUGGUGGAGACUUCCUGCUAAUAUGAUAGACAUUGAUGCAUGUAAUGGGUUAUCUGCAGUAUACCUCGAUUUUGAAUGUGACAUGUCAUGUAUGUAUACGCUAAAUAAUUGAGCUGGUUGCAGCUCCGUACGUAGGGGUAUGUAAUUAGUCAGUAUAUUUUUAAACUAUUAGCUCAUCUUCUCAAAAUAAUUUUUAAUGUACAUGUAGUGUAUCUAAAGUUAGGAUCUUUCUUACAUCACAACCAAGUUUCCAUCCUACACAUAUUUAGCCUUUUACCUAAAAUGUUAUUACUUUCUCAUGUCCUGCUUGAUGUUACAUGGUGUUCAAGAAAGAAUUAUGGGUCAUUUUGUCAUGAAGCAUGAGAACGAUAAUACCACCUCAGGUGGGGAUAAAGCAAUAAAUAAAUAAAUGGGAUUUGAUUACUGAAACAGGAUAAUGUACUCUUCUCUCGAUUAUGCAUCUGUAAAAUAAAGAUUAGUUUAGAUGGUACAUCUAAAGGGCAACUUUACUGGUCAUAUUCUUCCCUUUUUCAGUUCACAUGAUUAGUGCCACAUCUUUCUUUUGUAUAGUGCUAGGCUACGGGCUGGUUUUCUCUUUACUGCUCCAGUUGGAUUAUAUCUCAAACUUAUGUUGUUGUGCCCUAUGCUGAGAUUCUCCUAGCCAGUGGAAAAGGUGCAUACUGCCUCAUCAUCUUUUUCCUUUACAUUUCUCUUCGAUUGGAAGGAGUGGAUUACUGCUGCCAAGUUCUUGGAUAAAAUGAAGAGAUGCAAGAUAUGUAUGAUGUCAUGUCAAUUAUUUUGUUUUGCAAUAAAAUGGGUAGUUCAUGUAUUCCCUACCAAGCAAGAUUUAUGUCGAAACAUAUGUAUGUGCUUCAGAGAUUUUGAAGUCUUCUGGUUAUGAGAGAUUUGUGUCACAUAAGAGAUAAAGAGGUGGUACUUAUUUUACAUUUGUUGAUUAGGGAAUUAUGAUACAGCGGUGUUUUUUAUUUGGAAUAGUCAAUGACUGCUUACUUC